CCCCCCCCAAAAAAAAAAAAUAAAAUAAAAUAAAAUUCGUCAAGGAGUAAACAAUCCAUCAAUAGCUAGAUGCUAUUUCGGGACUAGCACUCUUUCCCUCCGAGCCUUACACACAUAUCAGUAGUCCUUUCUUUCGAAAUAAUACAUGGCAAGAAAAAAAAAACAGUUCUGAAAUGACAAAAAAAGCUACAACUCUUCUUUACGUGCAAAUUGCCCUUGCUGGCAUACCGAACCUACACUACCACUUCACACCCGCAAAAGAUUAACUACGACGAAUAAGCCAACUUUAUAACAACAUAUCAGCACACUAUGCAAGAAACCGCCAUUCUAUAUGAUCCGAACGACUCUGGCCAUAUUGAAGUCAGAGACUUAUUAAACCGUUGCAAAAUUCCGCAGUAUUUGGAACACUUUCUUAAUGAAGGAUUCGACUCUCUGAAAUCGCUAUGCGAAGUGAGCGAAGACGACAUGAUCGCCAUGAAGGUUAAGCGUGGUCACCGCAGGCUAAUACAGCGCGAAAUCGCAACAUUAAAGGGGAUCCCGCGCCAUGAACCAUUAUGGAUAAGUCGAAGCGGUGCUGUCGCCAACUCCCGUUCCAACGUGCCUCUUCUCUCGCAAGCUACAACCACAACGUCGAGUGACAGCAGCAGCACAAGUCGUCAAGCGAGCGGGGGCAACAUCACUUCAGCAACAAACUCGAGCGGCCGUUUGCAGCAAACAGGUAACACCACAGCAACCUCGGUUUCUGAUCAACAAAGCAACAAGCCGCAUCACCAUCACCGGUCGACCAUUCGUACCAUUGGCGAUCUGCCGACCAACAAGGGCAGUGAUUCCUCAAAUGACGAUUCUGCAACCACGACAACCAUGGGCUAUCAGACCAUGUUGCCACCCAAACGACGGUAUCGCCGACAUCCCAAACCGGAUCGAAACGCUCCCGUCAAACCCCCGUCUGCGUAUGUCAUGUUUUCCAAUGAUCUGCGCGCCGAGCUCAAACAGCAGAACUUGACGUUUGCACAACUUGCUAAAAUUGCUGGUGAGCGAUGGAAAGCACUAAGUGCAACGGGGAAGUCCCGGUACGAGACAACUGCAACAGAGGCUAAAAAUGCAUACCUUGUCUCACUUAACCAGUAUCGCCAAACGCCUGAAUUUAAGCGGUACCAAGAAUAUCUCAGCGAUUUUCGGGCAAAGCAUGGACCGUAUAGGAUCACCGGAGGGGCGAGGAAAAGGUUUAAGGCCAUCGGAUCUCCCGGAAGUGGUAGCAUGGCCGAUUCUAGCUCGAACGGUAACAGCAAUGGACUCGGAAGUUCUUCAGGUAGUAGCGGAGGAUCAGCUGACGGUUAUUAUUACGACAGCAAUGGCAACGAUGCACCGGAACAAACAAAACUGCCAAAUGCUGCUGCUGAUGAAAAUGAUGACUCUGCUGUGGUUCGUGGGUUUUUCAUACAAGAUGAGAACAACAACAAGUCCAGCAAUGAUUCCUGGCCUGAAGAUAUUCAUGAUUCUAUUGCUAGUUUCACCACACUCGCCUUCCAGUCAUCUAUGACAACCCGGUUACAGUCAACGACAACCGACCCCGAAGUUACCCCUGAACCAGACAAAGUUAUUCAUGACUCGUGAAUGAUGCAUCAACAACGGUAACACUCCGGUUCCCAACACUAACCACUCCCCUCAACUUUUACAAAAAGCAAACGAUCUUGUAUCAUAACCCUCCAAGUAACACUCUUUUAUCUCAAAAAAUUGUCCAUACCAUCAAAACGUAAAUUGACCACCCUACACGAUAGACUCAUGAUCUUCACAU